GAAAAUUUAAAAUGUUCUAAAACUUGCGACAGACAAUUCAGUUAGUUUUGUACCACAUUGCAUUGAAGAUGAAAUUUACGGCUCUGCUUUUGUUGGCAAUUUUUGCCAUUAUUUCCUCCACAAUGGCUCUCAAACAUGAUAUUUGCGGUUUGAAACAUUCCAAAGACGGAAACGAUAAUGGACUUGCGUGCGCUGCCUAUUUUCCCUCGUGGUCCUAUAAAGCCGACACCAACGAAUGCGUGGAGUUUGUCUAUGGCGGCUGUGGUGGCAAUGAUAAUCGCUUCUUCUCCAAAGAAGAAUGUGAAGCUAAAUGUAAAGAAUAAACAAUUUGAGAAUGAAUAAUGCGAAUGGAAA